GGAUGGCUCCUAGCAGCAGCUGCUUGGGCCACGUGCAGGAGGAGAGGCUGCUUGCCAAGGAGAAGAACAAGCUUCGGAAGCCGGUGGUGGAGAAAAUGCGCCGGGAUCGGAUUAACAGCAGCAUCGAGCAGCUGAAGAUCUUGCUGGAGAAGGAAUUCCAGAGACAGCAGCCCAACGCCAAGCUGGAGAAGGCAGACAUCUUAGAAGUGGCUGUCGGCUACCUGAAGCAGCAGCACCAGGUGCAAAGUCAAGCAUUGAGCCAGAAGGACCCCGAGCUGGACUUCAACAGCGGCUACCUGUGCUGCUUGCGGGAGGUCCUCCAUUUCCUCUCCUUCUGCGAACCCAAGAGGGAGACCCAGGCCCACCUGAUCAAGAACUUCUGCAAGGUCCACCUGAUUGCCAACCACGCCCGCCCACCGGCCCUCUGCCCUCCGCCCAAGAAACACGCCGCCCAGAAGAACCCGCUGCCACCGGUGGCCAUCUGGAGGCCGUGGUACGUUCGCUUCUGCACAUCACAUCUCUGGAGCCAGACAAGCGCGCCAGCUGGGAUCAUGGCACCUAGCGUUCAAGCUCUCUCCCUGGAAAGCCAGGCCUCCAAAGAAAAAAACAGACUCCGAAAGCCCAUGGUGGAGAAACUCCGCCGAGACCGCAUCAACAGCAGCAUCGAGCAACUGAAGCUGUUGCUGGAGAAGGAAUUCCAGAGACACCAGCCCAACUCGAAGCUGGAGAAAGCCGACGUUCUGGAGAUGACGGUCAGCUACCUCAAAUUCAGCCAAACAAUGGCCACUUCUUCUGCAAGCAUCACCCAGGAUUACAGCCAAGGUUAUUCCUCUUGCCUGAAGGAAACGCUACAGUUCCUGGCCGUUCAUUCCGCCAACACCGACACCCAAGCCAAGCUCCUGAGUCACUUCCAGAAGCCCUGGGCAGCCGUUAGCAAGGACCUGCAUUCUCCGUCACCUGCCUCUCUACUCCAGAAGGCCGCGGCGAAAAAGGCACCCUCAAAGUCUGCCUGCAAACUCUGGAGGCCCUGGUAAAGAGGAGAACUUGAUUUGGGACAUGUGUGAAGAGAUUCCAGAGGCGCGAGCGAUUUGUCGUACAAAUCUCCACAGCUCCUCUCGCCAGUAGGAAAGAAUAUCUCCACCUUAAACGACGACGGCUCUCGUCAGUCCGAUGCCUUCUUGGUUUAGCAAGAGCACGUUCUCCCGCGCUGCGGAGAGAAAACCAUUCUAAAAGAAUGGACCGAAGUAAUCCUCAUCUUAGGAGAAUUUGGGAGAGUCGUUCCAAGAGGAACACCACAUUGUUUUAACCUUGCUGAGGUUCUAUUAUGAUGGUUGUUAUUAGGGGCAGAAAAGGGGUAUCGGGGAGGGGGCGGGUCUGGGUCUUUGUUGUUCAUUUGUUCGGGAAACGAGUAACUUCUAAGAAGUUGAGGUGGAUCUUUUCAAAAGGGCCUCUACGUUCGGAAUGCCUACUUUUCAAACCAAAGCAGAGGAAUUACGAUUACGAUGCAAACUGGGUUUUAAGACUUGCCACCUCUCUUUCCUGGGAGAAGUGUUCCCUCUAAGAGGGAAUGCCAGAUGCUUUUGACUACAACUCCCAUAAUUCCCAGCUGAAGGCCAUUGCAGCUGGGAGUUGUAGUCAACAACAUUGGACAUUCCCUGUUAGAAGAAUGGCUUCCUGGGAGCUGUAGUUUUUUUACGAAUAAGGCCAAGGAUCCAACCCAGAUUUCUGAGCAUCCUCACCAUACCACAACUCCUUGAAGUCUCUAGGGUAGGGCUUCUCAAAUGUGGGUCCUCAGAUGGACUACAACUCCCUUUAUACUCUGCCACAAUGGUGGGAUGUUGGGAGUUAUAGUCUAUCUAGGGGCCCAGCUUUGAAGAAGCAGAGGAAAGCAGAGGCAGUUAAACUCCAACCCAAAAAAUGCAGUGUUUCCAGUAUAGAUCUAUCAUGGGAAACCUCUGCUCUCUAGCCAUGGCUGCAGACAUGGGAGACCCUUUUGAAGAAUCCAACCUUUGUAUCGCCGCUGUAAUAAUUUCUAUAACAUUUGUAGAAUGUACUAAGCAGGCAAAGGAAAUGUGUCACUCUGUGACGAUCGUAGGUAGAGGACUCUCUUCGAGAAUUACCGACUCACUGAGGCAGAAGGCCGGAGUCUGAGAUGUUUAAUUGAUGCUUUUUAUAAAGGCAGAUACUUGGUUCUAUAUCCUCAUAGGAAGGACGUAACAGCCCAUCGUGCUGAUGUUAUGAUUGUUGUAUUUUCAUAUAUUUUUUUACAUGAAAUAUUUAAGGAAGUCUUUCAUGAAAGGCAAUUUGUAAAAAUUGUAUUUACGUGUUGGGUACCAUAACUCUUAUGGUAGAUUAUCUUUGCCACUUACCGUCCUUGAAGGAUGAGGCUGUGAUGGUGCGUGAAAUGCACGGAAUCUGUAAUUCAUCGGAGGCCAUGAUGGCAUUUCUGAAACUUUUGCACAAUGCUGAAAAGUAAUAAAAGCCGGCUUCUGUA